CUGAAUUGCACAGGUGUUUGAUACUGUUUCAAUUUCUGAGGAUUUCUGCAGGGUUUUCAAUGGGUGAAGGUAGACUUCACAAAGUCUUCUGUGUUUUUCUCCCAUGUUGAUUUAGUCGUCAGUCUCCAUUUCCAUUGACCAUACAUUGGCGUGCUACCUCUCUCCCUCCCUUUGCUMUACUCCUCACCGGUCACCACACUUGACCCUCCAUCUCUCAUUCUUCUCAUUCUGUUUCUACUCUCAGUUUCUUCCAAGUUCAGACCCUCACUUCUUGAUCCAGCCAUGUCCGAUAUCAUCAAAGAAUCUUGGGAUAAAUAUCUGCUACAGUUGCAACUCCACCCUCUCAGAACAAAGGCACUUACUGCCGGGGUCUUGGCUGGAUGUAGUGAUGCAAUUGCUCAGAAGAUUUCUGGAAUAAAAAAGACUCAAUUAAGAAGAUUACUUCUUAUAAUGUUAUAUGGAUUUGCAUACUCGGGGCCAUUUGGGCACUUCCUGCACAAGCUGAUGGACAUCAUUUUUAAGGGAAAGAAGGGGAACAAGACAGUUGUUAAGAAGGUGAUUUUGGAACAAUUAACCUCAUCUCCUUGGAACAAUAUGUUCUUCAUGAUGUACUAUGGCCUUAUAGUUGAAGGAAGAUCAUGGAGCUUAGUCAGGAAUAAAGUCCGGAAGGAYUACCCUUCUGUCCAAUUAACUGCAUGGAAGUUUUGGCCUAUAGUAGCUUGGGUGAACUACCAGUAUAUGCCCUUGCAACUCCGCGUCUUGUUCCAUAGCAUUGUUGCCUCAUGCUGGGCAAUAUUUCUGAAUUUGAAGGCACGAUCCGUUGCUAUUAAGAAGGCAUAAAAAGGAUGUGUGGAUACCCGCUUUCACUUUUAAGUCUGGUUAUUAACGAGCUGUUGUGUAAUGCUUAUAUAACCUGCUUUCAUUGAGAUAACAAAAGAUGGUUCCUGAGGCUAAUGCAGGUUAAUUUCUUAAUUCAUGCUUGUGCUUUUCUCUUGUGGA